AUGAACGACCUUAAGUUUAUUAACUCCCUUUUCAAAAGCAGGUCCUUCAGUGAGGCUUUAGUGCGCGAUACACUCGACUUUUCCUCCUCACGUCUGGAGUCCGAGACUUUGCUUAGCAUUCGUUGGCACUUUCUCCUUGGCACUCUCCCUGUGGACGUGGAUCCCGACGAUGCCCCGACCCGCCUCACCGAGGCAUGGCGAAUAAUUUGGUCCGAGUGGGAGGAGAUUUCACUGAAGCGCACGGGACUGAGUGAGGCGAAAGAGGGCCUCGUUGACCUCAAGGCCCCCCCAAAAUCGAGGUUCGAUCCCAGCAGUGAUAGCGAAUCCGAGAUCGGAAGUUUUUGCACGGAUUUGUCUAUGAGGGCCUCUGGCAAGGGGUGUGCAACGAGGGAAAACCCUCUGCAGCCUGAGGCGAACAGCCGCUACAUGCUUCAGUAUUUCAUCUAUCGAACGCGUAAAGAGAUCAAAAAAGAUGUCGAUCGCUUAUUUUUUGAUCUGCCUAUUUUUAGCAAUCCCCAGACCAAGUGUGACAUUAUGAAUAUCCUGAUUAAUUUCUGUCUGGCGGAGCAAAGGGAGUAUCACCAGGGUUUACAUGAGAUUGUUGCAUUCUUGUAUUAUAUCUGCCACCGCGACGGGCAGCUUCUGGAAACGUUAAGAGGGGAGACCGCUCGAUUCCCGGUAAAGGAGAUUGGGUUUUGGGAUUACGUUUUGCUGACCUGUUCCUCUCCUAGUGGUCUCCUUAGCUCGACCUACGCGCUCUUCAAGAGAAUAAUGUCGCCCGAUGGACUCGGACUCUGUCAUUGGUUUUACAACGAUGCGGAAGAGGAAUCCGAAAAUAACAUCGUCCGAAUAUCUAAAUAUGUGCAGGGUGAUAUGUUGCGACGUAUCGAUCCCGCGCUACAGAGCAUGUUAGAUGAAGAGUAUGACAUUCAAGCAGUGUCGUACAUGGUUCGCUGGCUCCGACUCUUAUUUUUGCGCGAGCUUUCUUUUUCUCAGAGCGCUGUAGUAUGGGGGACCAUCUUUGCCGAUGCUCAUCUUUUUUGGCGAAACAAGCAAUCGUUUAGUUUGCGGAACGGAUUCCCGCUUUAUUUAGCGGCUACUAUGCUACAUGCUAUUCGUGAUAAACUAUGCAGUGAAUACGUCACCGCCCUACGCCAUUUGAUGAGCUACCCACCUGUCGAGGACGUUCGUCUGUUGAUCAUCAAGGCGGCUUCAUUGGCGGAUUCGACCCAUCUUAUGAUGUAUAUUCAACCACCGCUACCACGUGGCGACGACGUUUCUAUUUCGCUGUUAACCAGGGAUAUUAGAUCGACACAAGGGAAACGGUUGGCUUUGAUCAUCGAACGUUUGAGCACACCGUUGUAUUCUGCAUCAUCACUAAGCAAUGACGAAAAGGAACAGUUUGAAGCCAAUUAUUUGCAGGCCUUGGCAGAGCUCAAAAAGGUUCGUGAUGUCCUCCUUUUUGAUGUCACUGAUUAG